AUGUCAGGAUCCGUGUGGCCAAGAGCCAUCUUCGGCGGCGCUGUAACCAUCGCCAUCGGCUAUGCGAUCAUGAAAGCUACCACUCCGACGGAUCAGCAGUUCUACGAUCUCACGCAGACUGACCCUUUCUUUCCCCUCCUGAACCCUCGAACCCUUCCUCACCUUCCUGGUCAUGCUGCUUUUCGUCUCUUGGCAUUCAUCGGUGUCCUUUCAACCUUCAACGGACAACAACGACACGGCCACUGCAUGCCAAUUCGACUCUCCUUAUCUUCAUCUCGACGUGGCGUUCUCCCUUUCUUCGUCGAUCCACCUCGCUCACUGUCCUCUGACAACCGCAUGCUCGACAUCGACAAUCUUUUCGAUCCCUUUCUCCGAUACGAUUGA